CUGUUUUUAGCUCUAGCAGGUAGCCGUAAAAGGAACGGAGCUCGUAUGAUACUGAUGGUUUCUCCGCAUAAGUUUGCCGUUUCCUCCCUUCCUUGCUCGGGGGCAAAAAGCACUGCCUCUCUCGUACUGGGCGGCGCAAAGAGAGACACGCUUGGCAGGCAUUGCAGAGGACAGCAGGGUAAUCAAUACCGGCCGUUUGACGGGUUUUGAGUACCGUUUCACCCACAAGGCAAGAUGACCAGGGGGCCAGACUGGGCUACAGGGGGGCAAAGCCACUAUAUUUAGCAGGCGCACCGUGUCAAAGUCGCUGUGGCCUCCGCCGGAUCCCCAUAAAAAAUACCAGGCUCCAGGCCCAAGGGCACGUUCCCCCCUGUAGACAGGCCGGGUUGUGCGCUGGAAUGGACGGCCAGGGCCCCAAAAACGAGAGACAAUUGGGAAUCCGGAGGAGGGGUUGGGCAGGCCAGUGGUACGUCAUCCCCAUUCAUCGCUCAUAUAACAGCAGCGGUUGUGAAGGAAAAGUCGACGUGAAGAGAGAGAAAAGUGAAACGACGAGCAUCGAUGCGAUCAUCACAGCUCAGCAGCACAGUGCGUACUUUUCAGGGGUAAACAGGAAAAAAACCGGGCAGCCAAAAAAUCCUGCAUGUGCUUUGCCCAGCCUGCACCACGGCGCCCGUCAGACUUUUUCUUUUCCUUCUUGUCGCGCACACUGUUUGUACCUUUUUUGGCGUGCCGCCAGUGUGUGGUGGGUGUGGGUGCGUGUCCCCGCUGCUGGAGGGAGCUAAGCCGCAACAGGCGCUCCAAGAAAAGCAGCAAAGCACACCAGCGCAGCCCGGUACCAAAGCACCGCCAGCGUCAUGUACAGUACAGUGCAAAGAAUUCAACCCCGCCGCCAUCCCACCCUCUUUUUUUCUUACUGCAAGUCCCAUCGGCGCUUUAGCCUUUUCGUAUUUUCUGCUCAGGCUGCCCAUCGUUGAUUGGCCCGCUUGCUGCAUGAUUUUCUUGCUUUUGCGCUAGCCUGCUAUUCUGCUGCUGCUCUUUCUGCUCGCUGCUUUGCUACAGUGUCUGAAAGUUCCCGUCCCGCGCAGUUUCUUUUCCUUCUUCUUCUUCUUCCUUCAUCACCACCCAACCCGAAACAAUUCAACCUCUUUUUCCCACCAUUCGUUUCUUGUUAUCAUUAUAUCUUGUAUUGAUUGCGCAUAUAUCUUCUUCUCUUCUGCCUUUUUAGGCCCUCUACACAAAAACAUCGCUCUUUUGGACUGUUUUUGUAGCGCUUCAUCCAUGUAUUUUGCUUUCUGACGCACUCGUCUUCACCACCACCUAAGCGCCGCGCGCAAACACCUUCUUCGACAUCAUGUCGAACCAACACCCGCCUAACCAAGGCGAACACUAUCAGUAUGGCGAUCAAGGCCAUGCUGGUGGCCAUCCCCAGGACGGCCAGUACCAGGACUAUGGCUACGACCAGGGCUACGAUGAUGGCCAGGCCUAUCACCAGGAUGCCCAUGCCUACCAGGAUGGCCACAACGGCCAACACCAGGGCUACAACGACGGUUACUACGAUGAAUCUGGGUACUACAACGCUAACCCGGAACAUCCGAACUACCAGGAUGGCGGCUACUAUGACGAGUACAGCCAGCAACAGCACGGCCAGCACGGCCAGCAGGACGAAUACUACUAUGAUGACCGCUCCGCCUAUCACGACAACUAUGCUGGCGGCGAACAAGGCGAAUAUGCUGGCAAUUACGGUCGCUACAGCGGCGGUGACACCUCGCCCUACGACCAGGGCGAUUCCUUCUACGGCGCCUACAGCGAGCGUGGUGGGCCCCGCUCCUCUGGCGCAUCCACGCCAAACUAUGGAAUGGACUACAACAGCAACUUCCAGGCCCUCACUGAGAGAUCUCGGGAGCCUUAUCCUGCCUGGGCGGCCGACGCCCAGAUUCCCAUCUCCAAGGAGGAAAUUGAGGACAUCUUCAUGGACCUCACAGCCAAGUUUGGCUUCCAGCGCGAUAGCAUGCGCAACAUGUACGACCAUCUGAUGACCUUGCUGGAUUCAAGAGCAUCUCGCAUGACCCCCAACCAGGCUUUGCUUUCGCUUCAUGCCGACUACAUUGGCGGCGAACAUGCCAACUACCGCAAGUGGUUCUUUGCUGCUUGUCUUGAUCUUGACGACGCUACUGGCUUCGCCCUGUCCAAGGCUGGCGGUAUGCGCCGCAAGUCCAAGAAGAAGAAGCAAAAGAAGAAUGCGGAAGACCCCAACGAGGAACAAGCCGAAUUCGGCAGUGAAGAAAGCCUCGAGGGCGCUGAAUUCCGCUGGAAGACUCGCAUGAACCAAAUGUCGCAGCACGAGCGUGUCCGCCAGAUCGCACUCUACUUGCUUUGCUGGGGCGAAGCCAACCAGGUUCGCUUCAUGCCCGAGUGCCUCUGCUUCAUCUUCAAGUGCGCUGAUGAUUACUACCUGUCUCCUGCCUGCCAAUCCGCAGUCGAGCCUGUCGAGGAGUUUGCCUUCCUCAACAACGUCAUCACCCCCCUCUACCAGUUUGUUCGCGACCAGAGCUACGAAAUUCUCAACGGCGUGUAUGUUAGACGCGAGCGUGACCAUAAGAACAUCAUUGGCUAUGACGACUGCAACCAGCUCUUCUGGUACCCUGAAGGCCUCGAUCGCAUCGUUCUCCAAGACAAGAGCAAGCUCAUGGAGAUGCCACCCGCUGACCGCUACGCCAAGUUCAAGGAGAUUAAUUGGAAAAAGUGCUUCUUCAAGACCUACAAGGAGUCCCGAUCUUGGUUCCACUUGCUUGUCAACUUCAACCGUAUUUGGGUUAUCCACUUGACCGUCUUUUGGAUCUACACGGCUGCGAAUGCUCCUUCAAUCAUUCUUCCCCAGUACGAGCAGCAGCAGGAAACAAAACCACCAUUGUCCAAAACACUGUCUGCCGUAGGCUUUGGUGGUGUCGUUGCAUCGCUUAUCCAGAUUUUCGCUACCUUGGCGGAAUGGUCGUUUGUUCCUCGUCGCUGGGCUGGAGCGCAACACCUGACCAAACGCCUCUUGUUCUUGAUCUUGGUCUUCGUUCUUAAUCUUGCCCCUGGUAUCAAGGUUUUCAUGUUUUGGACUGGAGAUAAAAAAGCUCCAAUCACUGAGGACAAUACUAUUGAUCUUAUUGUUGGCGUUGUUCAUCUUCUCAUCUCGCUCGCGACAUUCAUCUUCUUCUCCAUCUUCCCCCUUGGCGGACUCUUUGGCAGCUACCUCAAUACUAAGUCUCGCCGCUAUGUUGCCAGUCAGACAUUCACGGCAAGCUUCCCCAGGCUUAAGGGCAAGGCUAUCGCCAUGUCCUACGGUCUGUGGAUGACAGUCUUUGCUCUCAAGUUUGCCGAAUCCUACUUCUUCUUGACGGCUUCGCUUAGACGCUCCAUCGUCUACCUCACAAUGAUGAAGAUUGAAUGCCAGGGUGACAAGCUGUUCGGCAAUGGCAAUUUCGACAUUCUUUGCAAGAACCAAAACUAUGUUACCCUCAUCUUGAUGUUUGCAACUGACGUCAUCUUCUUUUUCCUGGAUACGUACUUGACUUAUGUCUUGAUCAACACCCUCUUCUCCGUCGCUCGCUCGUUUUACCUCGGUACCUCCAUUCUGACCCCUUGGCGCAACGUCUUUUCUCGACUCCCAAAGAGACUCUAUUCCAAGAUCCUUGCUACUAGUGAUAUGGAGAUCAAGUAUAAACCCAAGGUGCUCAUUUCGCAAGUUUGGAACGCUGUGGUUAUCUCCAUGUAUAGAGAACAUUUGCUUGCUAUUGAGCAUGUUCAGAAGCUGCUCUACCACCAAGUUCCCUCUGAGGUGGAGGGCAAGCGAACACUAAGAGCACCCACCUUCUUCAUUGCCCAAGAUGACCACUCUUUCAAGGCCGAGUACUUCCCUGCACAAAGCGAGGCGGAACGAAGAAUCUCCUUUUUCGCUCAGUCACUCUCCACUCCGAUCCCUGAGCCAGUCCCCGUCGAUAACAUGCCCACUUUCACAGUCAUGAUUCCUCACUACAGUGAAAAGAUCCUUCUGUCGCUGCGUGAAAUCAUUCGUGAAGAUGAUCCCUACUCUCGCGUGACCCUUUUGGAAUAUCUCAAGCAGCUACACCCCCACGAGUGGGAAUUCUUCGUCAAAGACACCAAAAUCUUGGCUGACGAGACGUCCCAGGCAAAUGGUGAGCUCUCUGAUGGCGAAAAGGGCGCUGUCAAGAACAAGAUUGACGAUCUUCCCUUCUACUGCAUCGGUUUCAAGUCCUCUGCUCCCGAAUAUACCCUUCGCACCCGUAUCUGGGCUUCACUUCGAUCACAGACGUUGUACCGUACCAUUUCGGGCUUCAUGAACUACAGCCGUGCGAUUAAGCUUUUGUACCGAGUCGAAAACCCGGAUAUCGUCCAAAUGUUUGGUGGAAACUCGGACCAUCUCGAACGCGAACUGGAGAGAAUGGCUAGACGCAAGUUCAAGCUUCUCGUCUCCAUGCAACGCUACGCCAAGUUUAAUAAGGAAGAACUUGAGAACACUGAAUUCCUUCUUCGUGCUUACCCGGACUUACAAAUCGCCUACCUUGACGAGGAACCUGCCAUUGUUGAAGGCGAGGAACCCCGCCUCUACUCUGUACUCAUUGAUGGACACUCGGAAGUCAUGGAGAAUGGAAUGCGCCGCCCCAAGUUCAGAGUCCAAUUGUCUGGUAACCCCAUUCUCGGUGAUGGAAAGUCUGAUAACCAAAACCAUGCUCUCAUCUUCUACCGUGGAGAGUACAUCCAGCUCAUUGAUGCCAACCAGGAUAACUAUCUCGAAGAAUGCCUCAAAAUCCGAAGCGUCCUCGCCGAGUUUGAGGAACUCAAGGUCGACAACAUCUCCCCGUAUACGCCUGGUGUAAAGGAUACCACCCCUGACCCUGUUGCUAUCCUUGGCGCUCGCGAGUACAUUUUCUCGGAGAACAUUGGUAUUCUUGGUGACGUUGCUGCCGGAAAGGAACAGACCUUUGGUACGCUCUUUGCUCGAACCAUGGCUCAGAUUGGUGGCAAGCUGCACUACGGACAUCCUGACUUUUUGAAUGGUGUCUUCAUGACAACCCGUGGUGGUGUUUCGAAAGCGCAGAAAGGUCUUCAUCUCAACGAAGAUAUCUUUGCUGGUAUGAAUGCUCUCUUGAGAGGCGGUCGCAUCAAGCACUGUGAAUACUACCAGUGUGGCAAGGGUCGUGAUCUUGGCUUUGGCUCUAUCCUCAACUUCACAACCAAGAUUGGAACUGGUAUGGGUGAACAGUGGCUCUCGAGAGAAUACUAUUACCUGGGUACUCAACUUCCUCUUGAUCGCUUCCUCUCCUUCUACUACGCCCACGCCGGUUUCCAUCUCAACAACAUGUUCAUCAUGUUGUCUAUCCAAAUGUUUAUGAUUACUGUUAUGAGCAUCGGUGCCCUUCGACACGAGACAAUUCGCUGUGAUUACAACGUCCAGAAGCCGUUUAGUGACCCUCUCCUCCCAAGUGGCUGUGCAAACACUGAUGAGUUUAUGGAUUGGAUCUACCGCUGCGUUAUAUCCAUUUUCGUCGUCUUCUUCAUCUCGUUUGUGCCGCUGAUUGUCCAGGAAUUGACGGAACGUGGCGUCUGGCGCGCCGCUCUUCGUUUCCUCAAGCAAUUCUGCUCGCUUUCGCCCUUCUUCGAAGUCUUUGUCUGUCAAAUCUACGCCAACUCGGUUCAACAGGAUCUUUCCUUCGGUGGCGCUCGCUACAUUGCUACUGGCCGUGGUUUUGCCACUGCUAGAAUCCCGUUUAGUGUGCUCUACGCUCGAUUUGCUGGUCCUUCCAUUUACUUUGGUGCCCGUCUUCUGAUGCUUUUGCUUUUCGCGACAGUGACCGUCUGGCAAGGCGCUCUUGUUUACUUCUGGGUGUCUCUGUUUGGUCUGACGAUCUCGCCAUUCAUCUACAACCCUCAUCAGUUCGCUUGGACCGACUUCUUCAUUGAUUACCGCGAAUUCCUCCGCUGGCUCUCUCGUGGCAACUCCAGAACGCAUGCCUCCUCCUGGAUUGCCUUCUGUCGCCUGUCGCGUACCAAGACCACUGGAUACAAGCGCAAGGUUAUGGGCGAAGCAUCUGCGAAGCUCUCUGGCGAUGUGUCUCGUGCUGCCAUUGCCAACACCUUCUUUAGCGAGAUUCUUACACCCUUCCUCUUUGCCGUGGCGACCACUAUUCCCUAUCUUUUCAUCAAUGCGCAGACAGGUGUCAUACCAGGUAAACAAAAAGACGGUUUACCACCGGUCAAACCUACUGGUGCAUUGCUUCGCGUGGUGAUUAUUGCUGUUGCCCCUAUUGGCAUCAACGCUGCUGUUCUGGCCGCCAUGUUUGGCAUGGCUUGCUUCAUGGGCCCUGUUCUCAGCAUGUGCUGCAAGAAGUUUGGUUCAGUUCUAGCUGCUAUUGCGCACGCCAUCGCUGUCGUGUUUUGCCUUGUUCUCUUUGAAGCUAUGCUUGUUCUGGAAAGCUUUGACUUCCCCAAGGCAUGGGCUGGUAUGAUUGCGGCCGUGGCCAUUCAGCGAUUCAUCUUCAAGCUGAUUGUGUCGCUGGCAUUAACGCGCGAAAUGAAGACGGACUCGUCCAACAUUGCUUUCUGGACUGGCAAGUGGUAUUCCAUGGGCUGGCAUUCGAUUUCGCAGCCGGGCCGAGAGUUCCUCUGCAAGAUUACCGAACUUAGCAUGUUUGCUGCUGACUUUGUCCUAUGCCAUAUCCUACUUUUCCUCAUGGCGCCCAUCAUCUUGAUCCCCAAGGUGGAUGUGGCACAUUCGAUGAUGCUUUUCUGGUUGCUCCCCAGCCGUCAGAUCCGACCACCAAUUUAUUCCAUCAAGCAGUCCAAGCUCCGACGCAGACGUGUUAUCCGCUAUGCCAUCAUGUACUUUGCUCUCUUGGUAGUUUUCCUGGCUCUCAUUGUCGCACCAGUGACUAUUGGCUCCAAAUUCGUCACUGCAAAAACCUUCGAGCACGUUAGCAUUUUGAACGACAACGGCUUGAUUCAGCCGGCUAGAGAUACUUACAACCGCAACAACACUAACGACACGAUCACAGGCAUCAAGUCUGGUGGUGUUGGUGUUGCCCCUACGGCCGGCACAGGUGGUGGUGGUAAUAGCGGCGGCACUACUGGUGGUGGUGAUUCCCCUGCCGCCACGGACAAUCCUUUCAGGUUCUGAGAAAGCCGAUAGCGAAAUGAUUUGACGACGGCUUUCUUUUGUAGUAUACGACAAGAAACGUAAAAUAGAGUUUUUGUAAUUGUUUUGUUUUGGAGUUUAAUAAUGUUACUAUAUGUUUUACUC